AUUUUGAACUUUAUCCUAUAAAUCAAGCCUCGGUUCGAUUCUUCCUUCGGACUAAAAUAAAUCCAUUUAUGGAGGGCAUGAAGAAAAAAUGGAGUAAGUAUCUGGGUUUGGUCCGGAGCCGAUCGGUGACCGGAAAACCCGCCGUUGCGGCGGAGGAGGUAACGAGAAGGAGCAAAUCUUUGAACAGUGGCUCGAAAUUCAGGACUCCGGUGGCUCCGGACGGUUGCUUUUCGGUGUACGUUGGACCGGAGAGGCGGCGGUUUGUGGUGAAGACGAAAUUUGCGAACCAUCCGUUGUUUCAGAUGCUUCUUGAAGAUGCUGAGAUGGAAUAUGGGUAUAAUAGUCAAGGUCCGAUUUGUCUUCCUUGUGAAGUGGGGAUGUUUUAUGAUGUGUUGGCGGAGAUGGACGGCGGAGAUGGACUGAGCAACCGGUGGACUGGCGGGGAAGGUGGUGGUUUAAUUGCUUGUAGCCCACUUAGGUUGACCAUGUGCGGCAGUAGACAUAGUGGGUAUAGGCAGCUGAGUUCGUAGGGGAGGUUGAGGCUUGAAAUUGAUACUAAACUCAUCAGUAACCGCUGAUUUCUUGAUACCCAUUGUUUGUAUUGGUUUGUUUCCAUGGCAUAUAAUACAAAAAGAUAAACUUUUUAGGCGAUUCAUACCCAUUUUGUUUAUUUGAUAUUUGUAUCUAAUAAG